CGUGCAACCUCUUCUCUCCCCUGCUGUCUUCCUCUCCCUCCCUUUCCCCCGCCCUGGCAGACGGAGAAGUCCCUGACCAACCUCAGCAGCAUGCUGGACACGAAGGCCGUGGGGACCCCGGUGACCUCCCCCAGCUCCAGCUUCGCGCCGGGCUUCCUGCGGCGGCACUCCACCAGCAACCUCCCGGCGCUGGCCGGCGGGUCCAAAUUCCCCAGUCCUGCCGGCUCCACAUCUUCCUCCACAUCUUCCUCCUCUUCCUCCUCCUCCUCGUUCGGCAGCCUGAAGGAGACGGGCUGCGGCGGAGGUGCCAGCAGCAGCAAUCCCACGGCCCUGCUUAACAAGGAGAACAAGUUCCGGGACCGCUCCUUCAGCGAGAAUGGCGAGCGCAGCCAGCACCUCAUGCAGCAGCUCCAGCAGCAGCAGGCGGUGGCGGCCGGCAAGGGGGGCGGCUCAGGUGGCGGCGGCGGGGCCCCCAUCAACUCGACGCGCUACAAGACGGAGCUCUGCCGCCCCUUCGAGGAAAGCGGCGCCUGCAAGUACGGCGAGAAGUGCCAGUUCGCCCACGGCUUCCACGAGCUGCGCAGCCUCACUCGCCACCCCAAAUACAAGACCGAGCUCUGCCGUACCUUCCACACCAUCGGCUUCUGCCCCUACGGUCCGCGUUGCCACUUCAUCCACAACGCCGACGAGCGCCGCCCGGCGCCCGGCGGGGGCACGACCGCCCCUCCUCCCGCUGCCGGCGCGGCAGCGCACCACCACCCUCACCACACUCCUCCGCACCCCGCCGGCAGCACCGGGGACCUCCGCGCGUUUGCCCCUCGCGACCAUGCGUUGGGCGGCGGCGGGUUUGGGCACCCGCGCGGCGGGGAGCGGCCUAAGCUGCACCACAGCCUGAGCUUCUCCGGGUUCUCCGCCCAUCACCACCACCAACCGCCGCACCCCCACGGCACCGCCCCGCCGCCGCCGCCCGGGGGUCGCCUUGAUGCCGCCCUGCUAGAGAGUCCCGGCGGGUCGCGCACGCCGCCGCCCUCCGCUUCCGCGUCGUACUGCGAGGAGCUGCUGUCGCCGGCCUGUGCUAACAACGCUUUUGCUUUCUCGGGGCAGGAGCUAGGCAGCCUCAUCGCCCCGCUCGCCCUCCACACACAGAACUUCGCUGCGGCCGCCGCAGCUGCCGCCGCCGCCGCCGCCUAUUACCGCUGCCAGCAGCAGCCGCCGCCGCCCCCUGCAUCGCCGCCUUUCAGCUUCCAGCCCCUUCGCCGCCUCUCUGAGUCGCCCGUGUUCGACGCGCCGCCCAGUCCCCCGGACUCCCUCUCCGACCGGGAGAGCUACUUGAGCGGCUCCCUCAGCUCCGGCUCCCUCAGCGGCUCCGAGUCGCCCAGCCUGGACUCGGGCCGCCGUCUGCCUAUCUUCAGCCGGCUCUCCAUCUCCGACGACUAAGGGAAAGGGAGUACCGCGGGGGGCCGGCCCCGCGGCUGCCGAGCAAGUAAAUUAACUAGCGAAGAAAGUGAAUCCUUCUUCUCUUACUCCUUUUUUGUUUUUUUAUAUAUCUAUAUAUGUACACCGAGAGCUGAAAAAAGGUAAAAAAAGCGUUUUGCAAAAGGGGCAAAUGACACGAACUAAACAAACCUAUUUUUAUAGAGAGACCUUGGAAGAAGGGGAUUUUUUGUUCUUUGGAGACAAGUUCUGAUCCGCACCAGCAGCAGCCAUUCCAUCUGUGUUCAGAAAGAGGAGAGAAGAAAACAAAGAUAAAAGAGCAUUAGAAAACACACCACCAUAAAGCAACAGUCCGGGGAGCACUGGCCCUGCCUGCCCAGUGCCUCCAAACCUUCGGACACACAAGGUUACAAAUUGGUUCCUUUCAAUGCAGUUCAGAUAAAACACAGAAACAUGAAACCUGUAAAACCUGUCAGCUUUUUUUUUUAAGGAAAAGAAAAAAAAUCCCAGCAUCCUGCCAAGAAUAUGCCUUGAUAACAACCUUUUUUUUUUUUAUAUAUCUAUGUAUUAUUAUUGUAACAUGCUAAAACUUUCAUUCCAAAGUUUAAUAUUGGUUCCUUUGCCACCACUUAGUGGAUGUUUGGCUGAGAACAAUUUCUGUUGUUGUUGCUUUAUUUGGAAGCACUCAACUGAGUUUAGUUGUAAUUGUUGGAGAAUAACUGCUGAUUAUUUUUUUGUUUUUAAUUUUUUUAGCUGGUUUGAGUUGAUUUUGCAUGAAUGAGUCGUUGCACAACAACUCAAAUCUGAAACUAUUUAACUUAUUUAUUAUCUUGUGAAAAGUAUACAUUGGUAAUUUGUUCAUACUGUAUUUAUCGGGUAUGAUGAGAAAAGCAAUAGAUAUAUAUUCUUUUAUUAUGUUUAAAUUAUGAUUGCCAUUAUUAAUCGGCAAAAUGUGGAGUGUGUUCUUUUCACAGUAAUAUAUGCCUUUUUUUGUAACUUCACUUGGUUAUUUUAUUGUAAAUGAGUAAAAUUCUUAAUUUAAGAGAUUGUAAUAUUUAUUUCAUUAAUUUCUUUCCUUGUUUACGUAAAUCUGAAAGAUUGCAUGGUUUCUGUAUAGAAAUCGAUCUUGAUGCUGUGGAAGUAGUUUGAGGGAUUUCUUAUGUUUUUUUUUUGUAGAAUGUAAAAUGGUUGUAGCCUGUCUGAGGUGAAAAACAAAUGAGAGAAAACAAGCCAGCAGCAAAAAGAGGACUGACUUCACAAUCAGAGUGGCAAAUUGAAUCCAGACUUUUUUAAUGUAACCAAAAAGUAUUUUUUGUUGCCUGACUCCACCAAUCACACUGUGAUAAGAGUAUGUAGCAAUAAUUGGGGGUUCCAGUGUUAGGAUGUCUCACAGUGCCUUCUCAAGGGUCCACGCUUGCCUUAAAUCUCUCAAACCAAAUAAGUAUUUUUUUCUUAAUGCUUGAUACGAUUUGAAUGUAGGGAUGGGUUUUAACUGCAGCAAAAUUUUGCCACUCUUGGUAAGAAUGGAGGCCAUCUUGGAUCUGAAACUUCCUAUAUACCUGAACAUAUCUUUUUUAAACUGAAUUCCAAAACUUUGGCAUUUAAUUAUUUUUCCUUAUGUAGAAAGUCAGGAGUUUUCUAAAACUUUCCUGGAUGGUGGAUGAAUGAGCGGUAGCUUAGGUUUUUUUUGUACAUAGGUACAGAUUGAGCACUAUGUACUCUUUUUGGACUACUUUAACAAGUAUGUUUUGAAUGUAAAGCAUAAGUCAACUUGAGUUGUAAUAUAUUUUUCGGGAGUCAGUUCACUACAGAUUGUGUGAGACUGUAAACUUUGUACUGUAAAUGUUUUGUAGUUCUCCCAAUAAAGUCUUUUUGGAAAAAAACAGUAAAAAGAGAAGUAACCCUUCCACUGUUGGAAGGCACUGAGCGUGUCUUUUGAACUAGCACCUCACCCCAACCCUGAUCACCAGUGGAUUUAGCUACAGAUUAACCCAGCAUCAGUGCACUCCUGCAGCAAUCCCUGGUCACUGGCCAAAGUUAAUAAAUGCUUCCAGAAGUUUCGGGAGUCUGUGUGUUAGCGGUAUGCUGGAUCCUGCUGUUUAAAUUGCUGGGUUUUGCUUCCAGAGGGUGAAGUAUGGGCCUUUGUGGCUUAACAGGUGGAGCGGGUGAAGAAAUCUAGUAAUGGUGUUUAUCAGAUUGCAUUACUUAUGGGGAUAUAUGAGUGUGCUUGUUAAGGAAGAGGUGGCAGUUUGGGUAAUAAAAAGGCGUAAUUAAAGUUUAACUUCUGUCCCAAAAAGUUUUGUUCCUCUUGUAGGAAUGGGGACUUCUGCCUUGGCGUUCCAAUCACCCUGCUGAGGGCGUAUCUCUGUUAAUUGGGCUGGCAUUAAAUAUGUUAAUCAGUUUUCAAGGCUUGGGGUUUAAACAUCUUUCUGAGGGUGUAUAAGAAAAUGCUCAGUGGAUUUGGCUCAGUGUGUGCAUUAAUGCUGGAAGAAUUUUAGCUAAUAACUCCAUGCUCAGGUCCCUUACUCUAGUUAGUUGCUUAAAACUUAAGUCGUGAUUUCUACUGGCUUAUUUUGUUCUUUUGUCAUACUACUGAUAAAUGUUGUUAACAUUAUGACAUCUCUGCACUGCCUGGACUGCCACAGGGCUUUCUAUAAAUACAAGGUAGAAUGUAAUACCAGUGCCACAUGUUUGUGUAACGAACCUUAGACUGACUCUCAGUUUAAAAUUAAAACAAAUGUAACCAGUGUAUGACAACACAGCCUGGCUGCAGCAAUCACCGUUUCUUUUUUUAAUGGCUUGGUCUGACAUUCUGGCUCAGAAUCAUUCCCUUAUAUUCCCAAACAGAUUUCUGAAGGAACUUCUUUCUGGUGCUGCCUGCAGAGUAGCACUGAGCACUGCCAGGUUCUUCCCUGGGCAUCCCUGGUGCAGGUACCAUGCCUGCAAGAAGGUGUUCACCAGUAUUUUGCAGAAGCAGAGAGUAGGUGUUGGUUUGACUGGUGUCUAAGCUGAUGUCUUAAUUAAUUUUGGGGAUUUUGAAUCUAAUUGUUAAAUUAAAGCUGUUCAUUAGGAGUUUUGGAGCAACCUGAUGUGGUGGAAGGUGUCCCUGCCUGUGUUGGGCCCUUGGAAUUAGUCCCUUGCAACCCAACCCAUUCUAUGACUUAUUUUCAGAUUUUCUUUCAUCCCUAGGUGUGCUUUUUGCUUAUCUCCCUUGCCCACCUCUCCCGCUAAGCAUGCCCUUUUUUUGCAACAGUAAAUAAGGACCUUACUUAUUGCUUUACCAGAACAGUACUGGUUUUCUGUUGGUUGAACAGGAUCUUGGUCUGAGUGCCAGGGCUGGCUUUGGUGCUCCUGGCUGGAAGAAGAGCUUUACAGCAGCUGCCCCAUGUGAAACACCUGCACUGGUGUCAGUGCCAGUGUUCUGAGCACUGAAAAGGCUGCCAGGACAGGAUGGGUGACAGCCCAUGAGUGUCUCCCAGUGGGCUAGUGGCAUGCCCUGCACCCUGCUCCAAGUGAGUGAUGCUCUGAGGCCACCCAUCCUGCCCCCUGUGUUGUCUGUAUCUGCAAAAGCUAACUGCAAAGCAAUCUGUUGCAGCAUUAUGUGUUCAAGAAACUGGAAGUCCUUGAACUGGGUCGAUAAAUGUCUGCUUCUCGUGCUGCACAAUCAAGUGUUAACCUUUAAACUGGUGAUUUAUAUUGUUGAUUUAAGCAAAUGCUCUCUUGCUUUCAUUUCAGAAUUCAAGGAAGCAUGUAAAGCUGGUCAGACCAUUCAGGAAUGUCCUGAUACUUUGCAAUAAAUUAAUAAACUGCAUAAAAAGAA